AGUCAUUCAAUACCCUGCAGUCUCUAAAAGGCUCACUUUUACAUUAUUCAACACAAAUUCUAAACUUUAGCCAACCAUUUCUUCAUUGUUAACGGGAAUCACAUUACUACAAUGGACAAUUAGUCUGGGAGUGUGGCGCCAUUACGCUUUGCAUAGAUAGGUGAUUCUUGGCGAGCUACUUACGUGAAGCAGAAGAUCCAGUCUCGAUCUGACACCGAUUGUUACAUCAAACUUGAUUGAAGAGGAGCUGAGAAAAACAAUUAUUGCUUAGAAGAUUCUCACAUCGAAUGCGCAACAGAUCGUAACAUUUCGAGGUUGUGCGAAAACGUAUAUCUGAUACUCAGGGACAUACGAGUAGUUUGGCAUCCGUUGCUUGCAAGUAUCUGUGAACAUCAUGAAUAAUACGACACAGACAGCAAGGACAUCAGGGGGUUUGUUACCAAGCACAAAAAUCACACUUCACACAAUUCUGUUAAUCUGGUCUCUAGCUGUAAACGUACUUGUUAUUGCUGUUGUAUUCRCAAAUGCACAUCUGAGAACGCGAUUCAACUUCCUAAUCGUGAACAUGGCAUUUUCUGAUCUCGUUGUUCCGCUGAUAGUAAUGCCUAUURAWAUUCUUGAAGAAGCAAGAGGGAGGCACUUGGAAUGGCUUGUAGGUGGACCUUUCGGCAAUGCCUUGUGCAAACUUUGCAACUUUUUCAGUGAUAUUUCUCCUGGAGUCUCAAUGUUAAGUUUGGUUGUAAUGGCUGUGAACAGAUUCGUUGCYAUUGCCUAUCCACUUCGUAUACAAACRUCCAGAAAAAGAAAAAUGUUAUUACUUAUCGCUUUCACAUGGAUCCUAUCAAUGGCAGUAUUUUCUCCUCACCUCUACACCUUCAGACUUGAAGAUGGCCCUGGGUACUUAAUAUGCACUUCACACUGGGGACCGCAUUUGGAUGAUAUUAUGUUUUCGACCAUUUCACUUUCGCUGAUCAUCAUUCUAUUCAUCAUUCCAUUCAUCGUGAUAUCUGUCCUCUACACUAUACUAAUAUAUAAAAUUUACAAAAUGUCGAAAGGUAUCCAAAAUAUGCUUAAUCAUGACCAAGUACGCURCAGAGAGCGUAGAAACAGACAAAUAUUCUAUAUAUCAAUUGUCGUGGUGCUAGUGUUUGCUUUAUUUUGGGGUCCUUUUUUCAGCUUUCUUUUUACUUACGUUUUCAUUUGGCGAUACGAUGUACCUCCACAAGUCUUGCCAGACAUUAAUGACAUUUUUUUCAUUGUAACCUUACUUGGUUAUUUCAAUUCUGCUAUCAAUCCUUGCUGUUAUUUUUUACUUAUGAAGAGCUUUCGUCAAGGUCUAAAAAAUUUGUGUCAUCACAAAAUUCAAAGUUGCGAACGUGAAACGUCGAUCUUUCCUCUGAACACGUUCAGUGCAAAACUACAYAUUAAUGGAAGACAAAUAAGACGAGAUUUGGACAGCCAAUUAUAAUUGUGUGAAUUAUUUUGCUCUAUUUUAUUUGCACAGUGUUUGUCAGGAGUUACAGUAGUGUUAGAAGGGAAAUAAMCAUCUUAACGGGAUGGAAACAAAAGUAUUUUUGUGACGUCACACUUGAGUUCUCUAUAUCUUUGUUUUAUAUGACAUUUUCCUGUAUUUUUUUCCGUAGAAACGAAAUUUCUUGCGGUGAAACGUAAUUUCUUACGGUGAAAAGACACGAAGCGCGUCCCCCAAACACUUCGUUAUUAAAUUCAUUAUCGGAUUUUUCAU